AAAUGCAAGAAAUUGCUCAAUAGAUUGGAACACCUCCGGUGAUUUUUCGUCGAGAUCGUGCUGCGCGUCGGGUAUAAAGCAGCAGCGAUAGCCCUUUCGUUCCUGCUGGUUGACAUCACUUGAAGUUGCUUCUGGUUCGCCUUCAGCAUCUUGCAAACUACAGUCGCUUUUUAACCCUGAACUCACUCAAUCUCCUAAGAUCAUAUCGCAACAAUGCUCUACAACGUUUCGGAGCCCCAUGAAUACCUGGUUAUCACCGGGGGUGGGGUGAAGGAUGUACUCAUCAAGAAGACAGCCUUCGUGCUGCCAUGGCAGAAGUGCCGACGGAUUUCAAUCUCUCCCUUUGACUUCUCCCUCAAUCUGCAAGCAAUGACGAUCGAGAAGCUCCAGUUCUCUCUGCCAGCAGUCUUCACCAUUGGACCUGAUAACAACACUGAAGCCCUCAAGAAGUAUGCUCUUCUCCUCUCCGGAGAUGCAGACGUUCCGAGCAGAGUUACGCGAACCGAAGGCAAUCAUGUGCAGGACAUUGUCAAAGGCAUCAUUGAGGGCGAGACCCGUGUCAUCGUUUCCAGUAUGACCAUGGAGGAGAUCUUCAAGGAGAGACAGGUCUUCAAACAGCACGUCAUUGACAAUGUUCAGAACGAAUUGGAUCAGUUUGGUCUGCGGAUCUACAAUGCCAACGUCAAAGAGCUCCAGGACGCUCCCGGAAGCGAAUACUUCACAUACCUCAGUAGGAAAGCUCAUGAAGGUGCACUCAACCAAGCAAAGAUCGAUGUCGCAGAAGCCCGGAUGAGGGGUGAAAUCGGAGAAGCUGAGAAGAGGGGCAAAACCAAACAGGAAAUUUCCAAGAUCGACGCAGAGACGGCAGUUUUGGAGACCAAGCGUCGAAGCGAAAAGGCACAGGCAGAUGCACAGCUCACCAACCGCCAGACGGAGCUUGAUAUGGACAUUCGGCUUAAGAAGAUUGCCGCGCAGCGUCAGUCUGAGGUGAAGGAUGCCGAGCUGCAGAAACAAGUUGAGACGAAACGUGCGGAGACGGAGCUGGAGAGGCUGAGAGCCACGGAGGUCACGAAGAGCAAGGUCGCUAGAGAAUCUGCACAGCAAAAUGCCGACGCCAGCUUCUAUACGCAGACAAAGGAUGCAGACGCACAGUUGUACAAGUGUAACAUGGAGGCUGAUGCACGAUACUAUCGGGAGACAAAGGCAGCAGAAGCAGCCUUUAUCACAAAGAAAAAGGAGGCAGAGGGUCUGAUGGAGAUGGCCAAGGCCUACAGUGCAAUGGCUAACGCCUUCGGCGGACCACAAGGCCUCCUCCAGUACAUGAUGAUCCAGAACAAUACGUACGAGAAGCUUGCAAACGCCAAUGCAAAGGCAGUUCAUGGCAUGGAACCAAAGAUCACUGUCUGGAAUACCGGCUCUGGCGAAGGCUCGCAAGACUCCACCGCUCCAAUCCGCAACCUUAUGCAAAGCUUGCCUCCAUUAUUCUCUACCAUUCAUGACCAAACUGGUAUCUCCCCGCCAAGUUGGAUGGUCCAGAUGCCAAAUGGACAACAAGCCAGCAAUGUCAAAACCAAACCGGCACAGUAGUCCAAGUUAACACUCAUUAACCGUCUAUCUUUAUCAUUUUUCCUUCGAUGUUUAUGUUUUGAUCGACUUUGUCCGAUAUGAUUACAGUCUUCAGAUACCCUGUGCUUUAUUUUACUCUCCUGCUUGUGGACGAAUAUUCUCCUUUGUUAUUAUUAUCAUUUGAAUCUCUCCUUUUCCUCCGGGAGAGGUUUGGACUAAUUGUCUUUUUCUGCCAGCCAAUAUGUAAUUAAUCAUUCCUUUGUUCUGCAUGUAUUCCACCAUGAAGGUUGUGCGCGAUAUGCAAUCAAUACUUAAUAACUAGUUAA